CGGCGGCAAUCAGGCGCUUUUUUAUUGCGACUCCGACAGUGGCUAGGCAAUUACUUGAACUGCGUAAGGGUCCAGAUAUUAGGAGACCACGUCACCAAAUAAAAGCAAUAAUGGAAUAUUACCGAUGAUACCCUAAAGGAUAAGGAUUAUUCUACACCCUGGGCGGGAUUUUUUUUCAUAAGUGUGUGCUGGUAAAAAAUGAACAAUCCUAGAUGAAUAGCUAGUAGCAGUGGAAAAUGUGAGAACAUGUAGAGUAGAGUCACUAAUAAGUAAAUUUACAGGGCAACCUAAAGUUGAGCAGACCCACAACAUGACAAAAAAAAUGAAAAGUAAAAAUAAAAAUAAAUCUGAUAAGCGAAAAUUACAAAGUAAAGUCAACAGCAUGGCGAGCGCACACAGAAUUGCGUUUUUGGCUAUUGAGGAGGGUGUAAGUACGAGGGCCUGCCAUUCUUUUUGUGCGUGUGUGGCAGUGUGUUCGUCAUUAACGAGGUCAUUGGUAAGUAAGCUUGUUUGAUGUGCCCCAGACAUGUAAUCCGGGAAGCGGGCCAGCAGGACAUGGCCGGGGAAGUCAAACAAACGAGGUUGGACAGAAAUCGGGCGACCCAGUGCUGCCAAAAAAGACAGUCCACAACAUUGAGAGGAAAUCAGCAGGGUGGCUGACUGUACUGUAAAACAUAUUUCAGAUUGGCUUACAGGAAGCGACAUAAAAGUACCCUGUACGACGCCUUUCCUCAAUAAAACCAGAACUGUUUAUACUAACUCAUUUUUAGGUAUAUAUACCAAACAGUUUCUCAUAGCACCUUGCUAUGAUUUAACUGAUAAGCAGCACGAGAAACGGCUUCCGGAUAAAAUGUCCCUUUCAGGAAGUGCAAAUAUACCCGAAUAAGGUCAAAAGGGCAGCUCGAGUCCCUCCAGCGACGAAUGGCGUUGCGCAUACGCCGCGUGUGUCACACGCUGGCAUGUAAAAGCGACCAUAUUCAGCGACCAGCGAGCUUCUCGUCCUGCUAUUUGGGGACUCCUAAUGACAUGAGCCGCAUGCCAAGCAAAAGUCAGAAUGGAUCUGAGAACGGGACUUGGACUCGGCGGCGGUAUGCAAAUCAGUUUACUGUGGCGACGACAGUGACAAUGAUGGCCGCCACUCAAUUAUGCGCCUCGCAAGAACGACUUUCGCUGCCUACUUUCAGGCACAAGAUAAAAAACCAAAAAAUACGUGUAAGAAAAACGCUUUCCCUUUAUCGGAUACCUACUUUUCCAAGCGGUUUGCAGAUUGACUGAUUUUGUAAGAAACACAUUUCAAUAUACGCCCCAAAAUCCCUUUUCUGGUGCCUCUGUGAAAUCCUUUGCCCAUGGGAAACACGUCAAGGGAUUUUACGUGGCCAACAGGUGUUCGAAUUGUUUGGGCUUCGUGUCGGUGGUAUAUUUAGAUCGGAGAGCCUCAUUAAAUUUUUAAUUAACGGAAUUAGUGGAAUGUGUGUUGCCAAGUGCGCACUAAUGUCGAGGGAUUCCGACUCCCGAGAUGGGCCCAAGGCAUUCUAGUGGUUUCGGGGCGUUCCGUUUUAUUAUUAAUGUCCGGUAAGAAUACUCCUGGAAUACCUCUUAGUGUUCCUCUAGGGAAGCAUGACGUUACAGGUGCCCAGGACCUUAUUAUAUAGGAGCAACUUUUUCUUUCUGGCCUUGACAUCCCAAAAAUAGACGUACUGGCUUUGUGUCACAUCGCAUAUAUUAACCUGUCUAAUUAUAAUUCAUGAUAAUUAUCAUAAUAAUGGGUUGGCAGGAAUCAAAGGUUUUACAUUUAUUACAGGAAAUUACCAUGCGUGUCACUGGGUUAGAAGCUUUUACGAAGCGAAACCGAUUGGAAUUAUGCCACAUAAAAUGGUUGACCUUAUCAUGGGGCUAAAGCUCAAGCGAUAAGCAGUAAAUUACCUCUAAUAAAAAUGUUGAUUGGUGUUUUUUUCGAAGGACAAAUGGAAGGACUACAAUAUAAAAUACUCCAAGGAAGUUUAACGUAGAAAUAACAUUUACAGUAAAAAUUGCUUUGCAUUUCAGCCACUUUAUUGAGUAAUAAACUAGUACUUUUAGGGAAAUUUUAAAGUUGUUUACAGAAGCAAUAUAAACUUUACCAAAUACCAAGAUAGAUAGUCCAAAAUAGAUAGCUUUGCAGGUUGGUGCUCCGUUCGCUUCACCAAAAGACCUCAAUUAUGCAAUGAGUGCCAACAAUUAAUUAUAUAUUUUCAUUAUGCCACUCGUUGCGUACCACCGUUUUCAAUUAUUUUGCCGCAUCUUUUGUGGCAGAGAAACUUUUUGUUCAAGCUUAUAAUUGACAGCGCUCGGCACAAAGUAACUGGCAAAUUAUUUAUGAAAAUGCUGCCUGGCUCGCUAUAGAAACCUAAUAACAAUAAUAUAGCUGAUUAAGCAUUAAUCAAAGUCGGCAGCUGGGCAAAGCAACAACACAGAUACCAAACUAAACCCACUAGACAAUGGGCCGCAUUGGAAGUCGGAGAAAAGGGAAAGUGAUGAUCUCGGUCCAAUGAAAUUUAUGGAACCCGGCCGCCGUAAUUAUGGAAAAAGCUUGACCAAAAUAUAGAUUUUAAAUGUAGCCUUUUGGUAGCAAAUGAAAGCACAGAAGAACUGGCUGUUUGUCAACUGAUAGGCGGCCGCUGAUAAGGGAAAAGCCAUUUUCACAUUUUCCAUCUCUCAGAGGAGAGAGCGCCAGAGAGCGAAAAGCUUUGACGAAAGCUUUUCUUUUCGGCCUUGGCAUUGCCUACGACUUCGGCUUCGUUUACGGCCAACAGCUGAUCCGAAUUGGCCAGUUGUUGAGCUGUCUUUGGCCCGCUGAUUCAGUUGUGCCGCACACGUUAAACCGAGCGGUUCUUGUGUCGUAACAUUCGGAAACCAAAAAUAUAGACACUGCGGCUAUUGGACUAUUUAUGAUUUUUUGUGCUGUGACAAAUGCGAUUUAUUUGCGAACAAAAGUGUUUUUUGGAAAUCAGCUGGUAUUGUUCUGAGAGAGCCGUACGUUCUGGCUAAACAAAAUACCCUUUACCGACGGAUAAAUAAAGUAUCUAAGCUCAAACACUUGGGUCCCCUGGCAACACUUGCAUUUUCCCUCACGAGCAAUCGCCCAAUAACUCCCAGCUGACACACAUUUGAUGAGAACAAACAGCAAACCUAAAAAAAUCAACCAAAAAUAAUGUCAACGAAAUCAAUGGCAGCCCACGGCAGCUGCAACAUGUUGCUGCUGUGUCUUCUGCUUCUGCUGCCAUCGGUAGCCCCCGUCCGCUUGCCCAAAGGCAGCAGCAACAAUGCAACAGCAGCAACAACUGCAGUAACCGCAUCAACCGCAACAGCAACAACAGCAGCAAUCCGCAAUACCAAUGCCAAGGCUGGCAGUAAAUAUGAGAUACGCGGCGUUGCCGGUGAACCAAAUUACAAAUCGGUGAAUCUGACCUGGGAAGUUGAAUUCGUGCCGUCGGCCCAUGACACAGAUUCGAGCCCCAACUCCAACUCCAGAGCGGACCAGGUGAACGCGACAAAUAUGAGCGGCGAUGUGGAACCGCCCCGGGAUCUGGCAUUCCAAAUAUUCUACUGCGAGAUGCAAAGCUACGGCCCACAGCGGUGUCGCGUCAAAUUGGUGAACGCCACCACCGCCGAGGUGUCCCAGGCAGAGAAUGAGAAGGCGACGGAUCAGCAGGAGCAGCCCGAACCCUCAGGUUCCCAUGUGCAUCACUUUGCUGCUGCUGUGGACAACUUGCGUAUGGCCACCAAGUACAGUAUCCACGUUCGCCCGGCGGUCCAAAAGCGCCACCAGGCGGGCGGAACUCGCAGCUCCAAUGCACGGGCUGACUUCCACGAUGAGAACGAGAUCGAGAGUGGAUCCGGACAUCUGGCGGGACAGAGCAUCGUCAUACCCACCAAGGGCUUCACCGCACAUGCAACCCAGUGUUUGCCGCACGCCUCAGAGAUCGAGGUUGAAACAGGUCCGUACUUCGGAGGACGCAUCGUUGUGGAUGGAGGAAACUGUGGGAUCAAGGGCGAUGCCAGUGAUGCGGCGGACAAGUAUACGAUGAGGAUCGAUCACAAAGAGUGUGGAAGCUUGGUGAAACCGGAGACCAGCACGGUGGAGACCUUCAUCACAGUGCAGGAAAACCUUGGCAUAUUUACCCACAGCACAAGACGCUUUGUGGUGGUUUGCAGCUACCAUUCGGGCAUGCAGACGGUCCGCGCAAGCUUCACUGUACCCGGAAAGAACGGAGUGGCCGCCGCCUACGAGCCCAACGACGCAUUUGAGCCAGAUGAGGAUCAGCGCCUGGGCAGGGAACUUCGACAGAUGCGCUACGUCAACAAGACGGAGCUGGUGCUUCGCGAACCGGACUCGGAGUCCGUGGAACAGGCUGCGGUGGUGGAGCAAGCCCCGUCGCCCACCACCGAGCAGGCUUCUCAGCCCAGAGGUCAGGGUAGAGCCCUGAACCUCAACGAGGUCAACAGCUUGGCGGAUGAGCCUGCGGAGGAACAGCACUUGGAGCCUGUGGUGGGCACCAAGUACGCCAAACUGGUUGUCGACCAGAGCCACAGCUCCUGGAUGCCGUCGGAGGCGGGCUCGCCACCAGGUGGUAGCGAAGAGAAUGAAGUCAUUCUGCGUUAUAUUGGCUCCCAUCUGAGCAGCGUACUGGUAACCGUCUCGCUAUCUGUGAUAAUCAUCAGCAUUUGCAUCGUUCUGCUGCAGCGGCAGCGGAUCCGCUCGCCGCCCCGCAGCCCCUCCCCCUGCCUGGCCGCCCACCUGCCGCACAAGACGCUGCCGCGCGCUCUGCAGCAGCAGCAGUACCAGUGCACCUUGUAGGUGCCCCUGUUCCACCUCCACUGACUGCCCCUCCGACUUCCAGCUACUUAGCUAUGCCCACUUGUCUUGCUGAAUGUCAAAGUUUUGCAAGGAAGAAAACUACAUUUAGCUUAAGAUGACUGCGCACAGCCACGCCCCCAUCCCCGACUCCUGGAAAACGGUUUCCAACUCAAGCCCCAUCGGUACCAGUGUACCAGGUUAAGCAUCCUCCGAUUUACAUAAUUGUAAGUUUGACUCCGUCUCUGGCCAAGCUUUAACUGCGAUUGCGAGAAGGACGAGCGGACAUGGCACUUCUCAUAGAGCGAGAUUAGUAUGUAGACUCCUAGAUGUAAGAUUUUGUAUAAAUUAUGUGUGCGCAGAUAGAAUAUAUAUAUAUUUUAGCUACUUAAUAAAGUGUUAUUU